UACAGAGAGAGAGAGGGGGAGUUCACAAGUACUGCAAUCCAGUACUGUUCGCUCGGCUCAGUGCGUGAUCCCACCACAGCUCUCGGUACCCAUCUGUGGAUCUGCCAGGACUUGUGACUUUGGGUUCCCUCUCAGGCAGCCAAUCGGCAAGGGCUUGGGGGGCGGACCCAGCUGUUCCCUUGGUUACCUGUGUGAUUGACGUACAGCCUCCUGCAGCUGAGUAUCACUGAUGCUCCUGAUGCUCCAGCCUCAGUGUGUAGAAAUCCAGAGGAGAGGACAGAGGAGACGGGAGCCACAGGAAUGCUAACCAUCUAGAGUCCUUCCUGCUCUCUUCCUUUUGAGCCCUUUACUGUGUAGCGAUGGAAGCAGGAGCGCUGAAAAAAGCCGGCUAGUGAGGGAGGAUAGGAGAGGGGAGCAGAGGAGAGGAGAGGAGAGGAGACGGAGGAUUCCUGAAGAGGAGGAAAUUGUUGGGGCCCUGUAUGAGGACGACAAAAGAGAAGGCUCAACAACAACAACAACAACAACAACAACAACAACAACAGCAACUACAACAAACUUAAGAAACUACAAACACAAGACCAUGGUCAGCAGAGUCUGGUACCCAUAAGGCCUUGCACAGGCCCAGUGGGCAGGGUAAGGGGAGAUGAACCUGACCAACCACAGACGGUCCCCCAGGGAUAUAAGCUCCACCCGUUAUUGAUCUCCAGGGUGACUGACAGCUGGACCAUCUCCACACACACCGGCAUCUGAAACUCCUCAUUGGCCAACAGUACAGUGCAGUGUCUGGAAAUGACCACUAAACGGAAGCUGAUUGGCCGGCUGGUGCCGUGCCGUUGUUUCCGUGGCGAAGAGGAGGUGAUCUCGGUGUUGGACUACUCCCACUGCAGCCUGCAGCAGGUUCCCAAAGAAAUCUUCAGUUUCGAGAGGACUCUGGAGGAGCUUUACCUCGACGCCAACCAGAUAGAGGAGCUACCCAAGCAACUGUUCAACUGCCAGGCCUUGAAGAAACUGAGCAUGCCUGAUAAUGACCUGUCCAACCUGCCCACCACCAUCGCCAGCCUGGUCAACCUCAAGGAACUGGACAUCAGUAAAAAUGGGAUCCAGGAAUUUCCAGACAACAUCAAAUGCUGUAAAGGUCUUUCAGUGGUGGAGGCCAGUGUCAACCCUAUAACCAAACUCCCAGAUGGUUUCACGCAGCUCCUGAAUCUGACCCAGCUCUUCUUAAAUGAUGCCUUCCUGGAGAGUCUGCCUUCCAACUUUGGCAGGCUGUCCAAACUACGGAUCCUGGAGCUGAGAGAGAACCACCUGAAAACCAUGCCAAAGUCCAUCCACAGACUGACACAGUUGGAGAGGUUGGAUCUGGGUAGCAAUGAAUUUUCCGAAAUGCCAGAGGUGUUGGAACAAAUCCAUAAUUUAAAAGAGCUGUGGUUGGAUAACAACUCUCUACAGUCGAUACCUGGGUCGAUAGGAAAGCUGCGUCAGUUGCGGUAUCUGGACUUGGCCAAGAACCGUAUCGAGACGUUGGACACGGAUAUCUCUGGCUGUGAGGCCUUAGAAGACCUGCUGCUGUCCUCCAACAUGCUGCAGCACCUCCCUGACACAAUAGGGAUGUUGAAGAAGCUGACAACUCUUAAAGUAGAUGACAACCAGCUGACCUCACUGCCUAACACCAUUGGGAGCCCGAAGCCCAAGCAGGGUCUGUCUCUGUUGGAGGAGUUGGACUGUAGUUGUAAUGAGUUGGAGUCGCUGCCUCCCACCAUCGGUUACCUGCACAGCCUGAGGACCUUCGCUGCUGACGAGAACUUCCUCAGCGAACUGCCUCGGGAGAUCGGUAACUGCAAGAACGUGACCGUCAUGUCGCUGCGCUCCAACAAACUGGAGUUCCUUCCUGAUGAGAUUGGACAGAUGACCAAACUUAGAGUCCUCAACCUCAGUGACAACAGGUUAAAGAAUUUACCUUUCACCUUCACGAAGCUAAAGGACCUGGCAGCUCUGUGGCUUUCUGACAAUCAGUCCAAGGCUCUGAUCCCACUGCAGACAGAAGCUCACCCAGAGACCAAACAGAAGGUGUUGACCAACUACAUGUUUCCGCAGCAACCCAGACAUGACGAGGAUUACCAGUCGGACAGCGACAGCUUCAACCCUACUCUGUGGGAGGAGCAGAGACAGCAGAGAAUGACUGUGGCCUUUGACUUUGAGGACAAGAAAGAAGAGGAGGACACUUCUGGGAAGGUCAAGGUGGAGAUCAAUCUGAAGCGAUACCCAACGCCCUAUCCAGAGGACCUGAAAAACAUGGUCAAGUCGGUGCAAAGCCUUGUGGGUAAGAGCGUCCACGCAGGGCACCCGCACCAGCACCAACACCAACACCAACACCAACACCAACUCCAACACCAACUCCAACACCAACACCAACACCAACACCAGCACCAGCAUCAACUUCAGCAUCAGCAUCAACAUCAGCAUCAACAUCAGCAUCAGCAUCAGCAUCAGCUCCAGCUGAGCCAAGGCACUGCCACCUCAGCAGGGACCAACAUGGAACACUCGCACCUCAGCAAAGAACCCUAUGAACCACCAUGGCCGCUUCCACCUAAGGAGCUGAUGCAACCACCAACAGACAGGGAGAUGCAGGACUUCUCUCAGUCUCAGCUCAUGGAUCAGGGAUCAAUGCAUAACUCUGGGAUCGAUAUUCCCAAAAGGAAAGACAAGGAAGAUUUGACUGAGAGUUCAGAGGACUCCAUGGGUGGUUCGCCCAACGACAUUCGUAUCUCUGAUAUGAGGCCCACUCUGGUGGAGCCCCCUAUGUACAAACCAAAGGUGGUGCUGCUGGGAAAGGACAAGAAAGAAUCGACAGAUGAGGAGAUGGACAAGCUCCACUGUCUGAACCACAGCGGCUCCUCAGCCACCUACUCCGACUACUCCCCCUCCCAGGGCUCCUCGGGUUCCUCCAACCCUCCCACCAAUACACACUCACACACACACUCCCAUGCUCUCCCACACCCACAUCCUCCUGCGAUGCCCACCCCCAGCAAGGACCAGGCUCCUCAGACACACUGGACCAACAGAUUGGCCCAGUCGUUCCCAAAGCCCAUCGACUCCAAGCCCCUGCUGUCCCAGAGAGAAACCCCUCCAUCCGGAACUCUGCAGCAGCGUGGGGACCGACGCCCGCUCAGCGAGCCGUUUGAUUGGGCUGAGGCUCCUCACUAUGACAACACGGGUUUCGAUGCAGAGGAAUCCCCUCUGGACCCUCCGUCGUCCAACACAAGUCAGGGAAAUCCACCGCUGGGCUCCAAACCCCGCAGCCAAUCCACACACGGUCGCCGCCCACUCCUCAGGCAAGAGCGAAUCGUAGGAGUCCCUCUGGAGCUGGACACGCAGACGCUUCCCUUUCACACCAACCAGCGCUCCACUCCUGACAAUGAUCAACAGUCCUCCGGAGCUUCUCAGAAUCCUUGGCAGAACUGGACCAGAACUCCCAGCCCACUGGAGGACAGAACCGCUUUUCCCUCCAAACUGGACCUGACGCCCUCCUCCAGCCCCAACCCUGACCGCAAGGAAAUGGACUCAAGGCGUGAACAGGGGGCGGGGCCUCUGCCCGGCAGCUGGACAUAUCACAACAAUCAGGGGGAACAGAACAGGAAGGAUCAGCUCACUGUCAGUGGAGGCAACAAGGUGACCGUGGUCAUGAGCAAAAGCUCAGACCGACUUUCCCCCAUGAUCAAGGAGACCAGGUCCAAGUUCAAGAAGUCCCAGAGCAUCGAUGAGAUCGACAUAGGCUCCUACAAGGUCUACAGUAUUCCCGUGGACAGCUACAGUUCCAUCGAGCAGCAGACCAGUUUGGACCGCUCAGAGCUGCCCAGUUCACUGGAGCAGACCAGCAUGGCUCGGUCGCAGUCCGCUCCCAUGUUAGACGACGAGCUGGGCUUCCCGGGACAUGGAGUCAUCAACCAGAAUCAGUCUGGACCGAACCAAAAACCGGCCAUCCCGCAGAAGGCCUACCACUUUGAUCAGAACUACAAUCCACAAGUUACCAUGGACCGCCGGGUCCCUCCCCCCUUCCCCAACACACCAGAUUAUGUCAACCACACGCCCAAAGCUCUGGAAUACAUAAAUCAGCCCGGGAAGACAUUGCCCAAAGAGUUGGUGAGCCCUCGCUACAGAGCGUACCCCCCUCUGGAGAUGUUCUCUUUCCCCCAAGCACCCAUCAACACGGAUGGGCUGGCCAGUCAGCAGCAGCAGCAACAGCAGCAGCCAAUCCCAUCACAGCGCUCCAGGCCAGGGUUUCUGAGGAGAGCAGAUUCUUUGGUGAGCUCCACAGAGCUCGCCUUGUUCCGCAGAGUCCAUGAAGCCCAGCAGGAGGCGCUACAGGAGGCUCAGUACAGACAGCAGGGAGACCCUCCUCUUUAUGGCCGAGCCCUGGCCUAUUCCACUGCCAUGGAGCACGCCGCUCUGAGCAACAUGGCCGACAGCCAAAGUCAAAUGCUGCACAACAAGAGAAACGGACGCUAUGACGACGACUAUGCAGCGUACCAGGAACAGAAAAAGUCCAUGAGUGGUUAUCCAACCAAAAGUUUGACUCAGCGACGCCCCCUGUCUGCUAGAAGCUACAGCACUGAGACCUACGGAGCAUCUCAGGCCCGUCCUGUUUCAGCUCGUCCCACUAUGGCCGCCCUGCUGGAGAAAAUGCCCCCCGACUACACACUGGCGACUUGUCCAGAGAAAUCACCUGAAGACACGAUCAAAGUCAGACCUGUAGUUCCACAGAAACCUGAAGAUAUCACCUCCAAGAUGCCCGCAGACUGGAGGCAGCAGCUGCUCAGACACAUAGAAGCCAAACGACUGGACCGGAGUGGUGUCCUAAAGCACAACACGCUCACGCUGGGCAUGCUCUGUCAGGGCGGGGGUUACGGCCAGGGGCGCAGCAGCACUUUGAACUUUAACCUUUACAAUAACACUAAGCAUGAGCCCCCUGCUGGCCGCUGGCUGCCACUACCUCCUCCUCCAUCUGCUAACGCCACCCCGUCUCAGCAGGCUGCCAUGCUUGACAAUGACCAGGAGGUGGUGUCAGGGAACAACCAAUGGACUCCCUACUCUCUGGGCAGGAGGGACGUCCCACCUGACAACCUGAUGAAAAAAGGUGCCCACUCCCACAAUCCUUCACACCAGGCACACAACACCAUGAUCAACACCAUCACUUCUUCCUCCUCCUCCUCGUCCACUCCACCUCAUCGAGUGGUGGGGCAGCAGGGCUACGAGCAGAUGAUGAACAAGGGGGGGCAGUACCAGCCGGGGAUGCCCCUGUCAGUGGUUCCUGCUGGAGGACCGGGACAGUAUCAGAGCAACAUGUCUCAAGCCAUUCAAGCCCCUGUCCAGGCGUACCCCAGCAGCGGUCUGCCCAUGGCCAUUUCUCCAUCUGGAAACCAGUCCCAGUACAACCCCCACGCCUCCCACGCCUCCCACACAUCCCACCAGCCCUCUCUUCCGGCCACCAACCCCCAGUACCACGGCAACCAAGGCAUGGUUCACAGCAACCAGGUAGUGGUGACCACCCACACCAACCCCCGGCCUCAGAGCGCCCGCAGCCUGCUGCAGACCAAAGGCCAGAAGAGCACAGACGGUUUCCAGGAGCAGGUACCUUUGUGUGUGAGAAUAGAGAAGAACCCUGGUCUUGGUUUCAGUAUCUCUGGUGGCAUCAGUGGCCAGGGGAACCCCUUCAAGCCCUCCGACAUGGGUAUCUUUGUUACUAGGGUACAGCAUGACGGGCCCGCCGCCUCUGUCCUGCAGCCUGGAGACAAGAUCCUGCAGGCUAACGGACAUAGUUUUUUACACAUGGAGCAUGAGACGGCCGUCUCUCUGCUGAAGAGUUUCCCCAGGAUAGUGGACCUGAUGGUUCUGAGGGACAGCAGCAUGCGCUAAACGUAGUUCUUUUUUAAACAAACAAACAAACAAACACAACAAACACAACAACAACAACAACAACAAAGCUUUCUCCCACUGCUCUUCCUCAUCCUGCCUCAACCCACCUGUGCUCUGCCGGAGUGUGGAACUGAGAAAUGAGCCGCCUUUUUUACCCUUUUUAGGAGAAAACACACAGACGUUUAUUUGCCUAUUGCUGGACCAAAGGCAAAUACCAGUGCCAAAUGUACCAUAGGAGACAUAUCUUCUCGGCUCUUCUUUCUAUUAGCAGUCGCGGGACAUUUUCGCCGUCGGGAUGGACCGGAGGAGGACUCGGCGCUAGGAGUCCAGACAUGGCUGCUGCAGUUUGGAAUUAUUAUUGUUAUUUUAAUUAUUAUUAUUAUUAUUAUUUAUUUAAAUGGAAUUCUGUGAUUGGUUUAAUUUGACAGUCAUGGAUUAGUCCGUUUGAGUAGAUUCUGUAGUUCCUGAGGGUUCUAGGGUUUAAGGAGUGUUGUUGCUCGUCCUCCACUGCUUUAUACUGUGUUUCCUAUUUAUUUAUUUAUUUAUUU